CACCGUUUCCCGUCCUGCUGUUCCGUGUAACUCGACCCAGCUCUGGUCUGCGGCAGCCGAUCGCUCGGCUGCUGACGACCUGCUGCUACACCAGGCCCGAAGCCUCAGACAUGCACAACAAGGACUGUGUGAGAGUAGCCGCCCGGGUCCGGCCGUUCAACAAGAGGGAGCGGGAUGCAGGCAGCCACUGUGUUGUCUCCAUGGUGUCCAGCUCCAUCACCAUCGCGGAUCCACGCGACUCUCAGAACCGCCGCUCGUUCUGCUUCGACUACGCCUACUGGUCCCACAGCGGCUUCACGCGGGACCAGAGCGGCCUGUAUGUGGCUGAGGAGCAGGGCGGGCGAUACGCCGACCAGGACAGUGUGUUCCAGGAUCUAGGAGAAGGAAUACUGGAGAACGCGCUGCAGGGAUACAACGCCACGCUGCUGGCCUACGGGCAGACCGGUUCUGGGAAGAGUUACUCGAUGGUGGGCUACGGGCCCAACAAAGGCCUGGUUCCCAAACUCUGUAACCGGCUGUUUCAGACCAUCAGAGAGAACCAGGAAACGAGACAGUGUCAGGUGUUUUUCAGCAUGCUGGAAAUCUACAACGAGCAGGUGCUGGACCUGCUGUCUCGAGGGUCUCGGCCUCCGGGGGGUCUCCGAGUGAGAGAGGAGCAGCAGAGAGGCUUCUACGUGGAGGGCCUCCGCACGAUCCCCUGCGACAGUGACGCUCAGGUGGAGCAGCUGAUGGAGCAGGGCACCAGGACCCGAACCACCGCCGCCACGCACAUGAACGCCAACAGCAGCCGCUCGCACAUGCUCAUCAUCCUCCAGCUCAAACAGAUGUUUUCCAAGGAGAACGUCACAAAGCAGUCCAACGUCAACCUGGUGGACCUGGCCGGCAGCGAGCGCCAGAGGUCGUCCAGCUCGGAGGCCGACCGGCUCAGAGAGGGCACGGCCAUCAACCUGAGCCUCACCACGCUGGGCCACGUCAUCAGCGCCCUGGCUGAUGUGGCCGUGGGGAGGAAGGUCAUUCACAUUCCCUACAGGGACUCCGUCCUCACCAAGCUGCUGCAGUCUGCUCUGGGAGGGAACAGUCGCACCGUCAUGAUCGCCACAUUGAGCCCUGCUGAUAUUUGCUAUGAGGAGUCUCUCUCCACCCUCCGAUAUGCUGAGAGGGCCAAGCGGAUCCAGAACCGGGCUGUGGUGAACGAAAGCCCCACUGAGCGCCUGGUUAAAGAGCUGAAGGCCGAGAACGCCAGACUGCUGCAGCGGCUGAGCCGGCUGGGCCAGGACGGACGCAGAGCCAGCGACGAGACCAAGGAACUCCGUGAGCUGCUGACCCACAAUGAGCUGCAGAUCAGAGCCAUUCAAACCAUGUGGGAGCAGCACCUACAGGAGGCACUGAGGGACUGGGAGCAACAGUAUGCUAGCAUCACACAGGAGAGGAGGAUGAUGCAGCUGCAUCCCUACAUCCUGAACAUCAACGAGGACGCUCAGCUGUCUGGGGUGGUCAAGCUGUUCAUCCAGGAGGGUGAAUGGGACAUCGGCCUGUGCGACUCCUCGCCAAAGUCGAUCUCUAUCAAAGGUUUAGGAAUCCAGGAACGUCAUGCCGUGUUUAAGAACGAACAGCGGCGGGUGUCGCUGACCCCCACGGCGGGGUCAAAGGUCAUUAUUAACGGCAGCGCUAUUUCCCAGUCAACGGAGCUGCAGCACCUGGACCGUCUCAUCCUCGGGUCCAACUCUACCUACCUGUUCAUCGGCUUUCCCUGCGAGAGGGGCGGCGACGACUGGAGCCGCUAUGACUACGACUACUUCCAGUCUGAGCUGGCUGCAGCUGAGGGCAUCCACCUGGGUGAGUCCAGCGGUGGCUCCCGUCAAACCGACCCCAGUCUGCUGGCCGUGUUCUACGACUACAUCAAACUCAUGCCCAUGGUGGCCGACGCCAACCAGAUGAGCCAGGAGCUGAACAAGGGGGUGGAGUUUAGGUUGGAGAUCAAGAAUCUGGCGCUCUCGGAUUCAAAAGGCCACGAUCUGGAGAAAGAGAUCGUUGUCAGAGUCAACUCUGCGCGAACAAAGCAGGUGUGGCUGUGGUCCAAGACCAAGUUUGUGAACCGUAAAUUCCUGAUGGAGGAGGUCUACCAGCAGGCACGGGCUGAGCAGAGCGAAGACACUACGUUAGAGACGACGUCUGCGUUACCCAGAGACAAAGACCCGUUCUGGGACCCAGUGGAGCCUCUGCUCCUGGGCACCGCUCACCUCUGGCUUCAGUCCUUGGCCUUCCGCAUCCCUCUGGAAGAGCAGCUGGAGGUGCUGGGGUCAGAGGGCACAGAGGAGGCCAUCCUGCAAGCACAGCUGGUUCCCUGCAGCUCCUCUGGACUCCCACUAGGUGAAGAUGACAUCUUGAUCGACCCAUGUGAGUUACUGGGCAGACGGCUGGACUUCCAGCUGGUCCUAGAGCAGUGUUUUGGGCUGCGGUGGAUCAGAGACGCCCGAAACAGAGGAGUUCAGAUAGGUUUCAGGUUGUUUGACUGCACCCAGCCUCUCUACACUCCAGCUGUGUGGCACAACAUCAACCCUCUGCUGGAUCACAGAGUCCACUUCGCCUCCCUCCACACCUCCCAGCGCCUGCUGGACUACCUGCAGAGCAGCGCCGUGGUGCUGGAGCUGUGGGGCCUCCAAGAGGGCUGCGCCAACAUGAGCUCGUCUCUGGAAAGAGUGAGGACGACAGCGGAUGAAGUCUUCAUCAUCGACGAAACAGCGAACACUGCGCCCACAGACUCUGCAGAGGACAGCUGUUCGGUCAGAGCUCUUCAACAGGACUUGGAGGAACUAAAAGUUAUUAACACUUCACUGAGUAAAGAAAACCAGAGCCUGAGGGAACAACUGCACACAGCCAGGACAGGGGGGGAGAGUGUGCGCGGCCGGUCGGUGCGUCCCAGCUGUGAUGCAGAGUUUGCCCGUGCGCUCAAGGUUUUCUACCACAGCAUGACCUCCGUCCGGGGGCAGCUGCAGCGCCUGCGCAGACACAGGCCCAGCGAGGAGUCCGACCUGCUGGGACUCCGACUGUUCGUGGACGAACACAGCCGUCUGCUCAGGGACUUUUCAGAGCAGCUGGAACAGUGCGUGUCCACGCUCAAGCAGGACGUCGCCGCCAUUGUCCGCCGCAAGCGGGAACGUUCGGGAGUCUGGUCCUGACGGAGCCACAGCCGGCCGAGUCCGUCAGGUAUUAAAGAGAAGAGAACAUAUCUGUUCACCCGUCGUUUUACACCAGAGGACGUGACAUGUGAGCAGGGUGAAGAUUCAGUCGGGCAGCAGAAAUGCUCAAGCAGCUUUUCAGUCACCUAUUUUCUUACCUGUGGGUUUAACCAAACCUGUUCCAUUGCAGUGGAAAUGAUUCACACUGGAGACAAUGUUAUGUUGUGUGAUGUACAAACUAGAACUAGUCUUGUUACCAAGAACAACAACAGAAACCCUCAGUUAUAAAAUUUUAUUAGACUGCAUGUAAAACCAGCCAAACGAAUAGAAACCAAGUUCAGAGUUCACAAUAUUACGUUAAAGUUUUGAAGCUACGCAGUUCACUUAAACACAGGAGUCAGUUCUUCCUCGUGUCUGUGGGCGACGGAUUUUAAAGAUGCAGCAUUUUUUACUGCAAGUAAGUCAAACUCAGGAGUAAAAGCACAUCAGUUAAUGCUCGUACGCGCUCACGACUCGCUAUAUCACAGACAGUUGCUGUAGGUCCAAAAGAAGGAUCUGUGUGGGCACAUGACAGGAGAGGCAGGUGUGAGGUACAUUAGUCAUCACACAAGGGGAAAUAUGUACAGCAGAGGUGCAGAAACCUAGGGGGGUGGACACGCGGACGGGAGGAGAGGCAGCGGUGGAAGGCCAGAGAGUCGUCUAGGUAGGUGUGAACUGAAGAGGUAGACUGAGGGGAACAGAAGAAGCUACAGUAGUUAUACAUAACUUACUGGUGUGUUGGUGUGGAAGGCAGAACCUACGAGUGGUUUGAAAUCAGCACCGCGCCUACUGUAUGUACCGAGUAGGUGAGCUCCCCAAUGUGUGUGUGUGCAGGUACAGAGAAGGCUAACAGUGCAGGUGAGGUAGGUUAGUUGGGCAUCGAGGGGCUGGAACCGCAACGCAAACCAUAGAAAAAUAUUUACAAUAUUCACUUCACUUCCUGUAUUUACUUAUCAACUGUGAAAUAAAUGUCAGAACAUAAAGCGCGACGACUAACGCUUCUUUUUCUAGUCCGGCAUCCGUCCAUCCGUCGCAGUCUGACCAACAUGAGCACGUACAAUCACAGCAUGGACAGUAGCACUGAGGAUCACAUCAACACAGGGACCUGCAGGUUUGGGACCAGAAGCUUCACCUGUGGCUGCACAUGAAGGGUUUUAUUCUGGUUAGGAUUCAUCGGCUGAUGUUUGAACAAACACUGGCUCGUCCUGUCUUUACCAGUUUGAUGCCACGGUGCAGACUUCAGCCUAAUUUACUCCACACAAGCUCAUCGUCUUCCUGACUCAAUUCUUUUACAUUCUGGGUCACGCAAGGUUCCCUCUCUUGGCUUCUCCGUUCACCACAGGGUGAAAAACACACACACAGCAAAGCUUUCAGCAGACAGACACUUUUCACAGUAUAAAAAUAUUCCAGCACAGAGGUCCACAGUUUAACAUUAGGCCCAAAUGUUUCAGCCACUGAAGCUGCACAAAGACAAACAUAGUUCAUUAAAGAGCCGCAGUUUAAGAUAAAGACAGAAUGCGAUCGCGCUGGAAGAAGUUAAGACUCAUGAGCGCGUUUCAGAUUGUUACUCAGCAAUGUUCAUGUAUUUAACAAUAUUCACAAAGGUUCUGCAAAAAUUAUGUUUAGAAGAAAUGCCACCAUACGACGGAUCAAACUGCUUUUGAGUCGAACUGGUCCAACCUCCUGGUCCACGUACAAUCUAAACAUUCGUCUCCUUACGGUACAGCUCCAGUAAACCAUCCACCACCACCACCAUCUCCAAAGUCUGAGGAGGUGGAUUCUGGCUCAGCCUGAUUGUAAACGUGUACAUUCAAAUAGUUAGGUAAACGUAUUUGUUCAGCUUAAAGUGAAACCUAUCUGAAUUAAUUAGAUAUCACUUAAGUGACUGAACUGUUAGCUUUCCUUAGCCACUAACAAAUCACCAGCACAUCUUUCACGUCUAUAUUCUCCACCUUCAGCGACACUGCUGACACUAAACAGCUGAGUGUGUAUCUGCUGGGGGAAAUCUUCCUUUAAAAAGGCAUCAACAGCAUCCUGACAACUCCUGUGGGUCUCAGGCGCUGGUGCCGUCGUUCUCUGGGACUCUGCUCUCGCUUACGGUGGUUCCAUGGAUGAUGAGUGUGGACGGGGCCUCAGACACGUCCUGCUGGCUGCCGUGCUUCGAGCGAGCGUCCACCUGGAGAAGGCUGCUGUGAGCGGAAAGCGGGUGGUCGAGACGGGGCAUGCUGCCAUGGAAACUGCGCUCGUCGGGACCUCUGUAAACCAUGGUGUCACUCCUGGCGGGGGAAGGGAGACGUACUUAUUUGAUCUGCACCAUGUGCCAGAUGACCGGCAUCACGUAAGUGUGCUCCUACCUGUCGUCGCGAGGGCGCCGCAGGCUGCCGUGGUAGCUGACCUUGCUGUGGAUGCUGCUGGCCUUACUCCUGGUAGAGGCAGGGUGUCCGUGGUGCGUUCGGAUUGGUUCAUCCAGGUCGUCUAAGACCGCCAAGUGGGUGGAGGAGGCGUGGGUGGAGGUACCCUGCAGGAGGACACAUGUACGUUACACCUUGGACAACAGGUUCUAAAGAAGUCAAACAAAUCAGCUUUUAUACUUUUCAUCUGAAAAUGUUUUGUAGUACUACAGCUACUCCUGCUUGAUUACUGGCUCUACUGGAUUAUUAACAAAGAGUCGAGUCUGCAGCAGCUCCUACCUGAGUGGACGUUCCUCUGGAUUUCCUAAUAACAGGAGUGUUAGGUUCACGCAGAAGAGACUGUGCAAAGUCUGGCUGCUCCUGCAGCACCUGACGAGACUCAUUCACCCCACUGCUGCGGAGAGAAGACAGUGAAGGAGGUGCAGGAUGUGGCAGGCACAGAAUCAGAGGAGAACAGUGGGAGAGGACGGGGAGUGAUAGGAGGAAGUAGCGUGAUGUUAGCAGGAAACCGUGCACAGUGGAGGGGGGGAGGAACAGGCCAAUAGAGGGGGUGAGGGAGAGUUAAUGCAAUGUGCCGUUACUGAGGGUGAGAGGACACAGGUGCAGAGCAUACACAUGGUCACCAUAGAAACAUGAGUAGUGAUUGUUAUGUACAUGGACUACUGUUUUAUCUGAAUACAUUCACACAUUUAUUACUUGGUUAAAUUCAAUGAUUCAAUACCAUUUUGGAAACAAACAAAGAAAACAUGAGGCAUCUGCUCUUACUCUUUGCGUCUGCGUCCAUGCAGGAAACUGGCCCAUUCGAAACACGUCUUUUUGCUGCCCACCCAGAAGACAGAGGGAAUCCCCACCACCAGCAUCAUCAGAAUUUCUAGGCGCAGCCAGGGGCCGGAGGGGGUCUGGUUUGGGGACCACAGGAUAGCAUCUCUGCUUUUUGCAGAUGAUGUUGUCCUGUUGGCUUCAUCAGGCCAGGACCUCCAGCGUGCGCUGGUGCGGUUUGCAGCUGGGAUGAGAAUCAGUUCCUCCAAAUCUGAGGCCAUGGUUCUCGACCGGAAAAAGGUGGUUUGCUCUCUCCAGGUUGGAGAAGAGUUCCUGCCCCAAGUGGAGGAGUUUAAGUAUCUUGGGGUCUUGUUCACGAGUGAGGGAAGGAGGGAGCGUGAGUUUGACAGACGGAUCGGUGCGGCGGCUGCAGUAAUGCGGUCGGUGUAUCGGUCCGUCGUGGUGAAGAGGGAGCUGAGCCGAAAGGCAAAGCUCUCAAUUUACCGGUCAAUCUACGUUCCUACCCUCACCUAUGGUCAUGAGCUUUGGGUCAUGACCGAAAGGGCAAGGUCACGGAUACAAGCGGCUGAAAUGAGCUUCCUCCGCAGGGUGGUUGGGCGCUCCCUUAGAGAUAAGGUGAGGAGCUCUGUCACCCGGGAGGAGCUCGGAGUAGAGUCGCUGCUCCUCCACAUCGAGAGGAGCCAGCUGAGGUGGCUCGGGCAUCUAGUUCGGAUGCCUCCUGGACGCCUCCCUGGGGAGGUGUUCCGGGCAUGUCCCACCGGUAGGAGGCCCCGAGGAACUAGGACUAGGACCUAGGACUCGCUGGAGAGACUACGUCUCUCGGCUGGCCUGGGAACGUCUUGGGGUCCCACCGGAAGAGCUGGAGGAAGUGUCCGGGGAGAGGGAAGUCUGGAACUCUCUGCUUAGACUGCUGCCCCCGCGACCCGGCCCCGGAUAAGCGGAUGAAAAUGGAUGGAUGGAUGGAUGGGAACAAAAUCCUAAAAACGUCUGAAUUUUUCUCUCCUGCUACACUGGACCUCUGGUGUUGAUGACAGUAUGUCUCCACCAGAGGGCAGAGUUGCUGCAGUGAGAUGCAUUCAAAAUGACCUUAAGAUUGACAGAGCAGUCUACACUGGACUUCAAGAACAGCAAAUAUGGAGAUGCGUUGACUGAGGAACUAAUCAACCUGUCAACUCUGCUUGAAUCACGUUUCAUACAUGAGCGUAACUAAGAACAACGCCAUCCAAGCGAGCAGUUUGUGAAGCAGAAUUUUUUCCGUCAAAGCAAGUCACACAGUUGCAGCUGAACCUCUUAAAACAGCAGCACGCAUCCGUCUGACUCAAGGUGAAUUCAAGAGACAAAAGCAACACAGAAGACAGGCAGAAAAAUGACAUCUGACUCUCACAGCCACCUGAACUGUCCACCAACAGACGGCAAGAGUGAUCCUGUCACUUGGUGUUAAAUGCAUGACGUAAACGUUCCUCGGAUCAGCCCUUCAGCCAAAAAACACCUAUGCAUUCCCACCAUCAGCGCUGCCUCUAAAAGGCUGGCAAAGUUUUAUUUUUACUUACUGUCAGUUUUUUCUUAAGAUGUAAAAUCUGCCAUCACUAAUAGUAUUUCAUUGUAAGAGUAGGAUAGAAAUGCCUUCCUUUUGUUUACACAGGUUUGUUUAAUAAAUGUGACUGUCUACGA